AUGAUGAAAAAAUUAAUAAAUAUAAGUGUAUUUAUUGCAGCAUUUUUACCUAAUUUUAUAUAUUCAUUUGGUGAUAAUAAUAAAUUAGCGAAUGUUGUGUUUGAUAAUAAUACAAAUAAAAAUGAUAAUAAAGAUUUUCAAUACAUAUAUAUAGAUAAAAAUUAUUAUGCCCCUGAUAUAGUAUCGUCAGAAAUAAAGAAUAUAAAUAUAGAUGAUGAAAUAUAUUUUUAUAAAAGUUAUACAAAUAUUAUAAGUUAUUUUAAAUACCAACCUCCUGUAAACAUCAAAUUUCAUUUUAAAUAUAAUGGAGGUGAUUUAAUUAUUUUAAAAAAUAACAAAAAAGGGAUAAUAUGUAAAAUCUCUGAUAUAUUUUAUAGUGAAACUGGUCUUAACAUUUUUAUGAGAAGUAAAAGUAGUAAUCAAAAUAAAUCCAUUAAAUAUCAGCAAUUUUCUGUAAAACUAUUACCUGAUUGGGGAAAUGGAAAUUAUUCUGAACAUGAUAAUAAAAAUUCAGAUUUAAUAGAUGAAGAAUAUGAAGAAGAUGAUGAUUUAGAUGAUGACGACAAUGAUCAUACUAAUAGGCCUGCUGAAAGGGGUGCUAUAUGUGAAAUUGAAAAUGAUAAAUUUUUAUCUCAUAAAUUAUUAUGUUUUCCAUCGAUAUAUAAUAAUAAUCAAAUUAAAAUGAGUUUUUUAAAAAAUUUAGAAUUUAAUAGGUUAUCAGAAUUAGGAAAUAAAUUUAUAAUUAAUAGUAAUUAUGCUUUACUCGAAAAAAUUAUAACUCAUUUAAAGAAUGUUUCAAAUAUUAAUUUGGAUAUAAAAAAUAUUUCAUAUUAUGUUUAUAUGAAAACAAUAAAUUGUAAUUUAAAAAAAGCACUUUUAAUAAGUAUGGGGUUAGAAAAUAGUAAAGAAAAUGGAAAUGAUAAAAAUAAUAAAUAUAGUAUACAUACCAUAUCGAAUAUAUUUGGGAUUGGGAAUAAUCAAAUUGAUAAAAACUUAUUAGGAAAAAGUAUUUAUGAUUAUACAGAUGAGGAAAUUGAACAACAUAAUAAAUUUUUAACAAAUGAACAACCAUAUAAUGGGCAUGAAAAUAAUAAUUUUAUAAUUUGGAAACAUACAAAUGAACAUAUCAUAAAAGGAAAUUAUGAAGAAUGUAAUCGUGUAUUAAUUAGUGAAGGGGAAUUCUAUAAUUGUUUUGGUAAUUUAGAAAAUGCUUAUGAAAUAAAAGUAUCUAAAGAAAAUAUUAUAGAUAAAUUAAAAAAAAAUAAAAUAAAAUAUAUAAGUUCUAUAAAUAAGUAUACAGCCUAUUAUUAUGAUAAAAUUAAUUAUUUAGUAAUAUUAAAAGAUUACAAAUUAUAUUUAUUUUUUAAAUUAGAUAAUGUAUUAGAUUUUGUGCUUUUUACUGAUAUUAUUAAUCAUAUAAAUUUUUAUUAUAUAUCAAAUAAUAAUAAUAAUGAUAAAAUAUUAAAUGUAUAUCGUUGUCUAGUACAUAGCCUUGUUAAAUGUGAAUGUAUAUCUACAAUACCAAAUGAGAAUAGAAAUAAUGGUUAUGAAAAUAAUAUUUAUUUAUCAACUUCACAAAAUAGAGAUUCAAGGGCUGUAUAUGUUAGUACUAAAAACAAAAUAUGGUCAAUAAAAGUUGAUGAUUUUGCUCGUUAUGAACAUAGUAACAAAUAUGUAUAUGUUAGAAAAGUUAUUGACUCAAUAGAGAAUCCAGAUAAAGGUUAUUUUGGAAAUAUAAAUUGUUAUACUAUUAUAGUUAGACAAUAUGAAAGUUUUUUGGCACAAUUUUUUAACUUGAAAAGACGAAAUAAAGAAACAGUAGGAUGUUCAUAUUUGAAACAUUUUAACGAUCAUGAAAAUAUACUUUUAGUAUCUUUUGCUGAAAAUAUAAAUUUUAUACAGCGUACUUAUCACAUAGUAAGGAAUAAAAAUUAUGUUCUUUCUACUGGGGAUAUUACUUUAGAUAUAAAAAUAAAUGGUUUGAAUGAUAUAUUAUAUAUUAUUGCAUUUUUUGUCUGUAUAAUUAUAAUAAUAUGUAAUAUACUCAGGCACCUUUUUCCCGACAAAUCCAAAAUACACAAACUGGAGCAUGAAUUUUUUUCCAAUUCGAAAAACAGUUGCCCAUCUACAGUAGGCGAAUAA